AUGAACAAAGACAGCUCCUUUUCAAAGAACCUCAGGGAAGAUACUCAGAAAUCAGAGAAGAAAUACAAGGCCUUCAGGGAUAUUUCCAAAUACUUCUCUAAGAAAGAGUGGGCAAAGCUGAGCCAUUCGGAGAAAAUUACCUAUGUGUAUUUGAAAAGAAACUACACCACCAUGACUAGUCUAGGUCUCAGAGCCACCCUUCCUACUUUCAUGAGUUCUAACGGACAGAUCAUAGAAUCCCAGAGCGAUGAUUCUGAUGAAUGCCGCAACCGUGGGAGUCAGGUUAAAAAGGUGCCCAAGAAGCCAGCAACAGAAGAAAAUGAUCCGAAGGGAGUGCCAAAAGCAGUUGGCUCAGAACAGGCUCAGAGACAACUAUACCCGCUAGGAAAAGCACGUACUUCUGGGAAGCAAAGUGAGAAGGUGUCAGGACCCAGGAAGAAGAAUGUGAAUAUCUGGAGCCACAGGUUGCGGGAAAGGAAGUAUCUCGUGGCAUAUGAAGAGAUCAGCGACCCUGAGGAAGAAGACUGA